UGAUUUAAUGGGUUAUGUGAGGUAUUUAACAUACGGGAUCCUUGGAACCGCGACGUUCGCUAGUGGCGCUCAAGUGAAUCAGUAUCUCCGUGCAGGGGAUGAAAAUUGGGACGAAAACUGGGACGGAAGAGCGGGUGCAAAAACGAAAGCUACGAGACAUCUGUAUCUUAUUAGACAUGGAAACUACUUGAUCGACGCAGAGCUAAAAGACGAGAAGAAAUUGACAGAACUUGGGAUUAAACAACUCAAUGAAACUGGAAAGUAUCUGCAAUCUCUGGGUUUGAAUUAUUCGGACGUGACGCAUUCCACGUUGAUAAGAGCCAUUGAGUCUUGUAAUAUCAUUUUGAAUUACCUUCCGAAAGAUAUCCCCAAGAAGUUUGACGAUGAUUUGUGUGAAGGUUUGCCUUAUGUUCCGAUUCCCAGAAGACAGAGUCUUAGUGUUGCGAAAGAUUACGAUCGUAUAGAGCGAGCCUUUAAAACCUAUUUUCACCGUGCGGACCCUGAACAAAAAUCAGACAGUCAUGAAAUCAUAGUUUGUCAUGCAAAUGUCAUCAGGUACUUUGUAUGUCGAGCGUUGCAAGUUCCACCCGCGGCCUGGCUCAGAAUGUCUUUGUUUCACGGAAGUGUAACCCACGUUAGCAUUCGUCCAAAUGGGCACGUGGGCGUGAACACAUUAGGAGAUAUUGGAUUUAUGCCUAGACACUUGUUAUCUAGAUGAAAUUGCCUUGUUGAAACCUGAAAUCAAUUUGUAAAAUAGUUCUAUACAAUUUACGCCUUACUUAAA